AUGUUAGAAACCGAGGGGGUUAGCAGUGGCUGUGAGGCGAGCGUUGUUAGGGAGGAAAUAGCUCGAGACUACGCAGCCCUGCAGUCCAGACUCCGCAGGGAAUUCUCCGAUAGACGAGACAAGCUGUACGCUGCUUCGAAGCCAGUCGCCACCGAGGAGCAGCUAUCAGCCGACUUCCACAAGAAGCUGACGGAAUGGCAGCGCAUGAAAGGCGGCCGGCAACCGCCCCCGGUGCCCGCGCGGCAGGACCUGAGCGAGGACUUCCUGAAGAAAUGGGACGAGUGGAAGCGUAUGAAGGAGACCAACUCGGUACCAGCUUGGGAAGAGGAAGCGAAACCGGACGAGGUUCUGGUUCAGACGUCUACGGGACUCUUCAAAUUUCAAGGUAUUUCGCGAUCGUUCACCCGCAAGCUGCACGAAUGGGAGAAGUCCAGGGGAAUCGCCCCAGAGGCCUCCACCUCCGCUUUGCUCAGGGCUGCUCGGGCCCGCAACAAAACCCCCGCCACCCCACUCACGAGGACCCAGUCCGACGGCAGUGUGGCCCCAUCAGCGGGCACUGCGCGGCGGCACGGCUCCAGCCUCAGCGUGAACGACGUCGACGAUUUCGAGUCUGAAUACGACAGGGAACACUCGCCGGAUGGCGUAGAGGACGUCGAUGGCGACCACACCCGUGGGGCGGUUUUAGUAGAAGUGGAGGCAGAGGAAGUGUGUACCGCCGCCCCACUGAUGGCGGUCUCUCCGCGCCACACCCCCCAGAAACCCGUCUACACGUACGGCCAAGCGGAGGCGAGGUUGCUUUGCGAAACGAGCUCCGCUGUCACGGGAACUGCCGUUCUCCAACCGAAUGGUUCUGUCAUUCUUUCAGAUUCACGCAGUGUAAAGAACAAAGAACAGUCUGCAAAGUACAAAUCCUCCCGUGAACAGUCAAGAACGACAGAAAAGACUACUCGGAGAAGAAUCAGUCAACAACCGAGCAUUGAAGAAGACGCGAUGUUCAUAAGGAAAACUAUAGAAGAAAUUGAGAGAGGAAGUUCCAACAGGUUUAAAGAUCAUGCAACGGCGUCAGAAGCAGAAAACAAAGACGUGACGACAACAAACAAAGAAUGUGAUAUGAGAGUUACUCAGCAAGAUGACCACUCAAAGGAAAUCAAAAGCGUUAAAGAAUGUAAUGAAGAAUCAAAGGACGACUCAAAACGUAGAGACGCUGAGAAAAUUAAUGGCAAGAAAAAAAUAAAAUCCAGAGCAAGAUUAGAGAGAGAACAAUCAAAGCCAUCUGAAAGUGACACAGAACAAGAUGUUGAUACUAUCACUGUCGAAAUUCCCAGAAGGCGGAAAAGGAUGAAACGUCCUUCUGAGAGACCAAGAAGUCCUCCGACAUCGUUACACUCAGAUUCAGAAGGGGAGGUAUUUGUCCUUAAGCUCAAAGCGUCGGAACGCAGGGAAAAGUCACCGGAGGUGAUUGUGAAGACGACCCGAAAAAUUUUCUCGCCGGUGGUACGAAGUGGGGAAUCGGUACCCAGAGCUGUGAUACCGGUAGACGUUGACGAUCUUGCGGGCGUCAGGCCAGCGAUGGAGAGAAUGAGCCAGCGCGCUCAUGAUUUCAAGAAGAGAGCCGAACCCCCUACUAACCCCGAUAAGCGUAAAAAGCCCGAACUUAAUGCGCGCUCUAAGAGUUCUGGCGACCUUCAAGAUGCCGACGACCAAAGACCGAAGACGCGACCACCCCUCCCCACGUCACCUUCUUCCCAAAGGAAGCCGCUGCAAAAAGAGACAGCGCCGUCCAUUCGAAUUAUGAUACAGCGUUACAAUAAAAAAAUAAAUGAAGAAGGAGCUGUGUCAGGCGGCAGCAGUGGCGCAUCAUCACCGCCCUGGCGUUCACCAAGUGCAGAGAGACGGAGACCGCCUGAUAUGCCUGUUGGGAUCAAUAUAAGAAAUAACCCAUUCCUUGAAAGGGAGGUGCAGAAGUCGGCGAGCGCCUGCCAACUCUCCAGACGGGACCAGACUUCGGCCGAAAAGCGACUGACGCCAACCGCCAAAUGUCUAGAAGGCGUGCUGAAGUCGCACAGCGCUAAUGCAUUACUACCUGAACAGGAAGAUCAAUCGUCACCGCCUGUGCAGAAGAAAGAAGACAGUCGGGAAACUAUACGAUUCGCAGCCGCAAGCACAGACACUGUGGUCCCUGCACCCAUUGGCACUGCUAAUGAAAAGCAAUCGAACCCCGAACCACAUCCCGUAUUAAGGCAACUGUCAGAUACCUUAGUGCCAAGCUUAUCCCGGUUUAUAGAUAAUACUGGCAUUUACGAGAGAUCGUUCUCGACUGUGGAAGCUCCGGCCUACUCAGUGGAUACGGGCUCUGUAACAUCAACCCUUUCGGAGCGAGCGGCUAGGAUCCGGGCUGCGAGGGAGAGAUUCCUCGCGUCCCCACCACCGAUGAGAAGGGAGGGAACGAGUUCCGCCAGUGACUUGAGGCCUGGUGAUCGUACAAGCCGCAUCAGCUGUGAGAGCGACGUUACGGAGACGCAGAGCUCCAGUGUCCAGGAACAAAGCUUGGGCCGUAGUGCCUCUACCGGCAUGGUUAACGUGGAACGAGAGGCUUGGCAAAGGGUCGCUGAAGUGUCCCGCAGGGAGCGUCCUAGGUCCCGCUUUAGUUUGGCCCGACUCGCGGCCAAACUACGCCGCAAGGAAGACGGCGCAGUAUCGCGCCUCUGCCGACAAAGCCUCCUCGUCCAGUUAAGAAAUAAGCAG